AUGUCCAGGUAUUUUAGCUCCGUGCCGGAGGUGCAUUGGACACUGCAUCCCGAAGUGUCCGACUCGAGAGAGGAGCGGUCUUGGAGUUGAUGCAGGCACUAUAGGUCCGGCUCAAACGGAGUUGCCACACCCGCUUUCGCGGUUGCGCCUUGCAUAAACAGAGCCUGGUCCUGCAGGAUUGCUUACACAGGUUGCUAUCGAUGCUCACGGACAGAUCGACUGAUUCCAAUCUACGAGUAUUCUCCCCUCCUCUGCUACGUGUAUAUACUACUACUACUCCCCUCCUCUUCUCCUCGAUCCAAUCUCCACUGACCUGCCUGAACGCCCGAACUACUACCCACUACCCCAAACUGCUAUAGAGAAACUCAGGCGAUCACCGUAGCUGCUGAGUGACUCCUGACCGAGAGAAGCGCAGUGUUCCUCCACUGUUGGCAGAGACAUGAGAUGCAUGAAGUUUUCUGGAGCUAAACGGACUCGCACAUCGUUGGCUCGAGGCUCAGCAGCAAGAACAUCAAAGAAACAAGGAUCAGAUUGUUCCAACCCUCACCCUCCCACCCCUCCACUAACAAGACACCAGCACCAACUCCAGAUCCAACAGCAGCAGCAGCAGCAGCAGCAGAGGGGCGGAGCCAACAAGUUACUGAGCCACGCGGCCCCAGGCUGCGUUCCCCUUCCUCCUCCCCCUGGUGGUGGUGGUGCCCUGUUGAGCUCCAUCUGUGGUCCAAAACCCACCCAGUGUGAAAGCAGGAUGCCGGGACGUCAUCCCCACCCUCCCUCUGGAAACAACUCUAAGCUAAAGCACAAG